UGAAAAUUAUUUGUCAACGAAAUUAACACGGUCUUGGAUGCAUCUCUUCCUUUGCAUCAAGCCCGUUCCUAAUCACUGACAUUGCCUUGACUGAUGAUGUCAGAGCCGAAGGGUGGAGUUAUUUCACUCAGUGUGGGCUUCUUGAUAAUUAACACCUUUCUUUAUUUCCUCUUUGCUCAAUACAAUGCUUUUGCUUACCUUUUAUUUUCUUUUUCUCUUUUUAAAUUUAUUCCCACCAUUCUCCUCUUCCUCCCUGUCUCCCUCCAUUUCUCACUCUCUCCAUCUCUCUUCUAUCAAACAGACCCUCAGUUCGUCGUGUAUCAGUUGAAGGUAAAGAUCCACACGUCAAACCCAGCCCACACACGGAGGGAAGAGAAGCACAUGAUCUUUGAGUUCCCUCAGCCUCUUCCGGUUUGUGGCGACAUCAAAGUGGAAUUCUUCCACAAACAGAGCAAGAUGAUGAAGAAGGAUAAAAUGUUCCAUUUCUGGAUAAACACGUUCUUCAUUCCGGGUCCCGAGGAAGCUGGGGAGAAAGUGGAGAAUGGGUCGGUGGUCAACGACGUGGACAGCCUCUCCUCUCAGAGCCAGAGCUUCCCGGCAGAGAGGGAGAGAGGGAUCGCAGCGGGAGGACUUGAAAGAGAAAAGGGUGCAGAAAGGGGAGGAGAGCGAGUGGGAGUAGGGGAUGGAGAUAAAGACUACUUGAUUCUGACCUUAACGAAGAACGACUUGGAUAAGGCCAAUAAGGACAAAGCUAACCGAUACUUCUCACCCAACUUCAAGGUGAGGGCACACCAUUCAACACUUAGCAAUGGAUCGAUCAAAGUAGCUUGAUGGCUUUAUAUAGCAAAUAUGCAAAAUACUCCAGGUUCACUGUAUUUAUUAUUUCGACAUUUGCAUAAUUUCAAACAUAUUUGGUG